UUAUGAUGAUCCAUGGCGCUAGCUGGCUAGCAAGCACGCACUUAAUACCGUUCCUUUCGUCGAGAAACGUAUAUGAUUGAAGGCUACUAAAUUGGCUACAGUUCUCUUCGCCAUUCUCACAUAACUACGGCUUUAUGAUAUUAAAUUACUCAUCGUUUUCAUUUGUUCCUUUAUUUGCUUCUGAGAAAUUAAUUGCUAACCAGCAGCGCUAGUUUGUACACGGAGCUAUUUUAUGAAUGCACAGUGUACGCCCCCAGAGGUGCGUCACGCUCUGAAAAUUGAACGUGAUGAUUCUGUUCAGAGCAUCGUUGUCGCUGUAGUGCGUGACUGAAGGUUCUCUUGUGAAUAGGCAUUGCGUCGCUGUCAUUUGUGUGAAGUGAAGUCAUUUCGGUCAUUGUCCAGUAAUGGUGUAGGUACACUCAGUAAGUAACCAUGCUGAGCCGCCUGCAGGAACUGAAGAAGGAGGAAGAGACACUACUGAAGAUCAAAGCCAUGCUGCAGGAUCAGCUUAACAGGCUGAAGUUUGAAGAAGGGGCAUUGAGGUCAAUGAUAAAUGCCCAGCAUAGUGACAACCCUGCGCAGGCCACUGCUCCAGAGGCUCCUGUGCAGCUGGACAAUGAAAGUGAGAUCAACCAGACAAAGCUGCAACUGAGCACAGUAGUGGAGCAUGACAUGGAGGAGGAGGAUGAGGAUGAGGAAGAUGAUGACAAAGAGGAGGGGGAUGAAGAAAUUGAUAAUGAGUUUGAGAUGAUGGAAGAGGAAGAGGAGGAUGACUACUGAACAGCUGACUCCUGAGAAUGUUAUUAAUUUAUGUGAUGGGACAUCCUCCAAGACAUUAGCUGUUGUCAGUCAAUAAGCACGUCCUUCAAUAAUGUUAUGGAAAUGUUGUUUGUAUAUAUAUUGGUAGUUGUUUUCUUUUGAGUUAUCACCCCCCAGGUGUGUAACCUUCACUGCCUGAAGUAGACCCUGUAAAGAAAUAUAUUGAUUGACAUAGAAUGAGUAUAUACACUCAUUCUAAGUGGUGGUGUAUUUGUCAAAGUGCACAAAAUCUGAAUAUGGAACUGGAAACUGCACUUCCAUAAAUGACCACAUAGUGAUGUCUUCCUCUGGUGUUUUUCUUAUUCAGAAUGUUAUGGUUUGUCCUAGCUUCUUUAUUCUUGGCUAAAUGUAUCAUGUUUUUGUGAAUAUACCCCAUGCAUACACUGUACAUUGCAAAUGACCCCCCCCCCCCCCCGCUGCUUGUAAAACAUGCCUUAAGCUGUAAACCUGUUUUGUUCUGUGUUUGCUGCCUUCCUGUACAUGCUGUGCACCAGAGAAAAGAUACUGUACUGGUUCCGAGCUGGAAUCUCGUAGCUGUGUGUGUAUAUUUUUGACUAUUGUAAAUUUGUUAAAAUUGUUGAAACAGGAAUAAAGUGGUAUUUUGCCA